AUGUCCACUCCCAAUAUCGAGUUUCUACGGUUCACUACCCACAAAGCUUUCACACAUCGUCUGGUCCUCUCAACGCUCACUGGCCGUCCGGUCCAUAUUUCCCAAAUCCGCUCCUCCUCCCCCACGAACCCUGGUCUCGCGCCUCACGAGAUUUCCUUCCUGCGUCUACUGGAUUCCAUAACUAAUGGCUCUUCCUUUCAGAUAUCCUACACAGGUACCACCCUGACCUACAUUCCUGGUCUCAUAACCGGCAACGUCGGCGGCGCAUCCGAUGUUGUCAAAUGCGUACUGCCAGAAACGAACCGCCGCGGAAUAAGCUGGUUUCUCCUGCCAUUAUGUGUGCUUGCGCCGUUCUCGAAAGCGCCGGUCAAUGUGCGAUUUGAGGGCGAAGGCGUGAUUACGAGCGCGACGGACACGGGGGAUAUCAGUGUCGAUACGAUGCGCACGGCGAUACUACCAUUAUACGAACAAUUCGGCAUUCUAGGUGCGAAAAUGGAACUGCGAGUUCUUCAGCGGAGUUGCGCUGGGCCGGGAGGGAAGGGAGGUGGAGGGGUCGUGGAAUUGAGAUUUGGCGCUCAAGUCAGGUUACCGAAGACGUUACAUAUGAAUCGAAGUCCUGGUCGCGUGAAGAGGAUUAGAGGCGUGGCUUAUAGUACGGGAGUCAGUGCUAGCAAUAAUGCGAGGAUGAUACAUGCCGCUCGAGGGGUGUUGAAUGCUUUGGUCGCGGAUAUACAUGUCGCGGCGCAAUACGACCAGGCGCCUUUGGUGUCGAGUGGAGAUAAAUCGAAUCCAAGCGGGAAGAAGAGGACGGGUGUGGGUUUCGGACUCAGUCUGAUUGCGGAAAGCAGUGCUGCGGGUGUCAUAUAUUCUGCAGACGUUGCGGCGCCCAGUGAGGGUGGUGUCACGCCUGAAGAUUUGGGAAAGAAAGCUGCAUGGCAGUUACUUGAGUGUAUUCAGCAAGGCGGUUGUAUUACGAGAAUAGGGUGUGGGACGGUGUUAAUGUUAAUGGCUAUGGGGAGUGAGGAUGUGGGAAGGUUGCGACUAGGUCGAGACGUGGUUGGAACAGAAGAUGUGAUUACUUUAGGGAGGGACCUGAAAAAAUUCGGUGGGAGUAGCUGGGGAAUGAGAGAUUGUGAAGACGAUGAAACAGGAGAUAUUAUCGUUAGUGUUAAAGGAAUAGGAGUGGGGAAUGUAGGAAGAAAAAUAGCUUGA